AUGAGACCAAACCAGACCAAUAACGGUGAAUAUAACAACAUCAGUGAUGAGGAUAUCGAUGCUGUUUUAAUCGGUCGCGACGAUAUCAGCGACUACAACCCAGAACAAAUACUGCCCGAGCUUCCAGGUGUCAUAGAAAAAAUCCGAGCUUGGCUGCAGCCAACUGCAUACGAUAUUGCCGGAGGAGAAUACCGCAAGCACAUAUCCUCUCACGUUGCUGGUACGGGAGCCUGGCUCACCUCAAGUGAUGUAUAUCAGAAAUGGUUAAACAGCGAUGAGCAUGGACUGCUCUGGAUCAAAGGAAUACCCGGCUCGGGGAAAUCGGUGAUGGCCGCAAAAUUAAUUCACGACCUUGCUCAGUCAAAUCCAGCAUCUCCUGUGCUAUUUUUCUUCUUCCGUCAAAUCAUUGAUGCAAAUCAUGAGCCCCGAGCCCUCUUGCAAGAUUGGCUGGACCAAAUACUAAGUUAUAGUCCGCCUCUACAGAAGCAGCUUAAAGCUUACGUAGAAGCGGGUCGGUCCCUUGACAGUAUACCAACGGAGGAUUUGUGGAAGCAUUUGCGACUGGCCAUUGCCAGCUUGCCUGACAAGGUCUUUUGUGUAGCAGAUGCACUCGAUGAAAUAGAUCGAGGUCAUGGCGAAUUCAUACAAGCACUUGGGAAGCUGGGCCACUGGCGACAAAAAACCGUCAAGGUUUUGAUUACUAGCCGCCCAGUUCCUAGUGUCGAAGUGCCAUUAAGAGCGAUUCACUGCCUACAUCUUCGACUACAGGAAACCUUGGUUGAUAUGGAUAUCUCAACAUAUGUUCACUUCGUGCUAUCAAAGUCUGAUAUCCCCAAAACCGAUUGGGAUACCAUUGCAAAUGCCGUGCCAGGUCGUGCAAAUGGCCUAUUUCUCUACGCUAAGCUCGCCAUGGAUGCUUUCAUCGAACCAGGAGCCAAUAUCGCUGCGGUGCUUUCAAAGCUUCCAUCAGACUUGAAUACCUUAUACACCGAUCUAUUGAACGAGCAUGCGGCAAGGUCCAUGGUACCAGAGAGUAUCCAACGUCUUAUCUUGCAAGCUGUCACCCACGCUACUCGUCCACUAAGGCUACUUGAACUUGCUGAAAUGAUUAGGGUCAGCAGUCCUGAUGGUUCCGUCCGGGAUAUAAGAGCUACCAAAGACCUCAUUAGGACUGCCUGUGGACCACUUUUGGAAAUCUUGCCAGAUGAAACAAUCUCAGUGAUUCACCACUCUUUUACUGAGUACCUUAAAGGAACAACCAGAUCAAACGAGAGUCCUCCCAUAGGAUAUGCUGUGUUAGAAAUGGGACCGACACAUUCUCAGCUUGCUCUUCAAUGCCUCCUCUAUCUGCAAUCUGGGUGCUUGAACUCCAUUAUAAUCGAUACCCGUGACGAUUUUGCGCGCAUGUACUGGAAGGAGUGGGGCCUUGUCAGUAACUAUGGAUCAGGGACAGGUACUGGCAAAGUAUCCGAUGAAGAAGUUCUGCUGAGACUUAAAUAUCCGCUCUUCGAAUAUGCAGUCAACAAUUGGCACCAGCAUAUCGUGAAAUCAGAGGCUGCCGGCCAAGACCAGACCGAAAUUAACGCCAAGCUUCAUCAGCUGUUUGAAGAGGGUAAUAGUUUGACGGGAUGGCUUCAGAUGAGGUGGCCAGGCAGAGAUGUAGGAGCUAGAAGAGUUACGCAGCUCCACGUUGCUGCCAAGACAGGCCUGAUAUCAUAUACAAAGGAGCUGUUAGCCAAAUUUGACGUAAAUUUACGUGAUUAUUACGACAGAACACCAGUCUGGUGGGCUGCUGUGGAGGGCCACGCAGAAGUCAUCUCUGUUCUGAUAGAAGCCGGCGCUGAUCCUGAUGUACCAGACAAUAUAACCGGAAUCAAACCUCUGCACAGAGCAGCCUACAACAACCACUCUGCGGCUGUAACAGUAUUAUUAAGAGCCGGCGUCGACCCUCUGACGCCAAAAACGCUUGAUACCAAAUGGCUUGUUACCUCUUACGAUCCAGUGACUGGGCAGACACCGCUAAUGUUUGCUUGCGGUGGUCAUGUGGAGGCAGUAGAAGCGUUUUUGCCGUUCAUUGGAGAUAACAUUGAUCUUGUCAAUCGAGCCUUGACAUGGGCAGUGAAAGCAGGAUCAGCAGUGGUCGUUGCGAGGCUUCUUCAGCAUCCAGGAGUAGAUGUUAAUGCAAUUGUCGAUGGCAAAACAGCGUUAUACAGAGCUUGUAAGGAACUACACCCUGCGAUUGUCGCAAUGCUUUUGCAAGCCGGCGCGCUCCUCAGCGUUGACUGCGCUGUUGCCAGUGAUAAAGCUCUUAAUCGGACAUAUGACGAAGAUGAUCCCACGAAAUUUAAUUGCCUUUUGGCUCUAUGUGACCAUAAGGCAGUUGUCUAUGGCAUAAAAGAUAUUGGAGAAAGGCAACAAGCAAUAUUUACACUAUUAAGGAAGGCUGGAGCUGAUAUCAACUCGCGGACGUCAGAAGAAGAAACAGCUUUGCAUAUGGCAGCCUGGUCUCCUGUUCUUGUGAAGCUACUGCUCGAGGCCGGGGCUGAUGCAAAUGCUACCGACCGUUUUGGCGCAACACCUCUCCACCAUAUUUUUACAAGGAGGAGUUGGUCACUGCAAUCAAUUAUAUUGCUUAUUGAGGAGGGACAUGCAAAUAUAAAUGCGGUACACCUAGAUGGAAAGACGCUUCUUCACUGUCUGUCGAGUUUAUAUGAUAAGAAGGCUGUGAAGAAAUUCCUAGAAUACGAGCCAAACUGCAACAUUCUAGACAACGAAGGCAACAACCCGCUGCAUAUUUUCAUGGAAGGGAACAUGAAAGACAUAGAUAUUCUCAAAAUCUUGCUUGAGAAGGGUGCAAAUCCAAAUGCAAAGAAUCACAAAGGACUUACCCCUCUACUAUGCCUUCGCAACACCCACGGGGUGCUCACUCAAAUUAUUGAGCUAUUUCAAGACGCAGGCGCUGAUAUUAAUGAAGUGGAUAGAGAUGGCAAUAACCUUCUUUUCCGCAUUCUCUCUGACCCUACUGGAUUAUUUGGGAGAAACUCAUAUAAGGAACUCAUAUAUCUCAUGGAUCGAGGGCUUUCGCCGUCUCACCGUAACUUUCAAGGCCAAACGAUCCUCCAUAAGGCGAUCGAGCAUUAUGAAACUAUUGAAUCAUAUGGAGGGCCGAGAUUGCCCAACACAUCGAGACUCGAUUUCUUCCUCGACUUAAAUCCUGACGUCAAGGCUGUUGAUUACAGCGGGAAUAGCUUGCUUCAUACAAUUGCUAUGCGUCCAGACAUCCACAACUCUCACACAGGCGGCUCCAGACUAAUUCCGCUUUGGAGGAAAUUAAUUGAUCUCGGCUUAGAUAUAGAGCAAAAGAACCACGCUGGACGUACGCCGCUGCAUAUUUUAUGCACAGCCCAUCAUUAUGCCCCAUCAACACCACUCGAUCAAGGUAAACUCACGCCAAUGGACUUUGUUAUUUCGCAAGUCAAAGACCUUGAUGUCUCUGAUAAUGAUGGAGUUACACCCCUCCAUAUAGCUGUUACUCGAAGCGAAACAUCCUCAAAGCAGCUCAUUGAUGCUGGUGCAAACCCUCUUGUUUAUACUCACGAAGGGCUGACACCACUUCAUCUUGCUGCACGAUGCAGAGAAAGCAAUAUAGUUGGCUUAUUAUUAAGUGCAAUGCAGAAACAGCAAAUGAAAACAUCAGGCUCCAUACCACUAGCAGAAUUUGAGGGCGUCACUUUGGACAAGAAGUCUACGACAUCAGAGGCAGUAAUUGGUAUAAAUGCCAAAAUGCUUCAUGGCCGCAAUGCUAUCACGCCUCUAUUUUACGCAAUUAUGUCAGGGAGGCCAGAAACUGUUACCCUUCUUCUUGAUGCUGGAGCUAGUGUUGAAAUGGGCAACAUUUUUGAGGCUUGCCUUGAGUUUGAGGAAGAAAUUGGAUCAAAAGCACCACGGGGCAAUGGAGAAACAAAUCAUACGCACCAUACGAAGUUUUCUGAGACAUAUCUUGACGAUAGAUCCAGCUUAUUUUACCGGGAAGUUAGUGGUUUACGUUUAGACGAUACCGCGAGGCUUGAAGAAAUCGUGGAUAUGCUCAUUGACUCUGGAGCUGAUCCUUCUCUUAUCGAAAGUCGCAGCAGCAAACAACUAAGUAACAUUUUAUGCAGAGCGGUCGAAGAACAUAAAGACUAUACGGCUGCUUGUUUCACACGUGUUAUUAGAAAAGGAUCGCCCGGCUUAGAGACCAACAAACACGAGGAUGAGCUCACGAGGCUGUCCAAUGCUAUGAGCCAAUUUCGAAAACAGGCUUCAAUUCAGGCUUUGAGGUCAUUCCGACCUGAUAUCGCCCAAAAUCAGGGUCAAUGUCAGACAGUAUCAUCAAAAGUUAUCAACUAUAUUUUAUCUCAGAGAGAAUAUCAUCUCGUUGAAGAAAUUUCUCAGUUAGGGAUCAGCUUUCUCCCAGAAUCCAUGAAAGAUAAACACUGUAGUUUAUAUCAUUUCAUACGCCUUGGUUUAACAUCUCUUUUCGAAACUAUAGCAUCUCGUGAGGUAAAGCUGGUGUUAAGCAGAGGUGACUGGCAUGCCUUCGGAGACGUAACCCGACCGGGACUAUGGCACGCAAAAAGAGUCGAUCCAACUUCUCAACUUAUACCCUUUAUACUUGUUGCAGUUCAGCGAGCAUUGCCUAAUAUGGACAUUGUGAGGCUAUUAGCUGAGAAAUUUGCAGUGGAUAUCAGUGAAGUCGACUCUUUGGGCGAAUGUGCUCUAUUUCAUGUCGUCCGAGGAAAUCACUGGUGGCAUGUUCACCAAGCAUUACCAUACCUCCUUGAUAUCGGUGCCGACAUUAACCUGCGCAAUGCAAAAGGCCAGACCCCAUUACACAUGGCUCUCAAAGGAGAAAUUCGGGAACUUGGUCCUUACCAUUGGGACGCAGCCAAAAUAUUGGUUGAAAGAGGAGCAGAUGUCAAUGCAGUUGAUAACAAUGGCCAGAGCUGUCUCGCGUGCGCGCAACACAACUUCGAUAUGGUUAAACUACUUAUAGGUCACGGCGCAGUUGUGUUAGUGGAUUCUAUUUUUGCUGCGAUCGACUCUCGUAAGGCUGAAGUGCUUCGUGCACUUCUAUCUGGAGGCAUGGAUCCCAAUACACGUCGAGAUAAGACAUUGCGCGAGUCGGGAGAGGAAUCGCAGCAUUAUGAUGUAGAGCCGCAUGAAGAAUUCCCGCUCUAUUAUGCUGCUAAGAAACUGUACCCACGUUGGAAGCCAUCAGAGAAAGAUUCGCAAGAUGCUGCAGAAUCAAUGGAAAUAAUUCAAGUGUUACUAGAUCAUGGCGCCGAUCCGUUUGCAAAAAUUUUGAAGCCAGUUGCGCAGAUCGAGAAUGAGGAGAAUUUCUCAGCAGCAAGCAAUUCUUCUAUACCAGUACCGAAGGGCUAUAUGGAGUGUAUUUUACUACACGAAGUGCUAUUGAAGGGCUAUUUAGCAGACACAUUUCUUCAGAUCCCGAGCUUGGAUGUCCACCACCGAGAUGCGAAAGGCCGUACUCUUCUCCACAUGAUAUGUGAAAGUAGAAAUGGCCCAGAUUACAUAAUUGGCUCAUAUGUCAAUGAUUCGAAUCGUGUGCCCAAAGAACAUGUCCAUGCAUUUCAGCGGCUGCUGUCUUUGGGCUCAGAUUUGACAGCCCAAGAUAAUUUUGGCCGCAAUGUUCUGCAUUACAUGCUUGUUGGCGGGGUGGAUAUUGAGCCCAGCGCAUACGCAAAGUUUCUGGCUUAUACUCUGCAUAAUGCCCCCGAACUGUUGAAUCAAGGAGACAACAACGGUGAAACUCCCUUACAUUAUGCCAUGAUUCGUGCAGUCGACAGAAAUAACACUGGUGAAGCAGAAAUGUUAAUGGAAGCCGGAGCGGACCCUAUGAUUAUCAGCAAGAGGGGAGAUACCAUGUUGCAUAUACUGGGGAAAGGCCUUGCCAUUGCAGUCUUGCGUACCUUCUUCCAAGCUCUGGUUGAACGGGGUAUCGACAUAAACGCUCGCAACGCUCGUGGCGAAACAGCAUUAUUUUCGUUCUAUAAUGGACCUAAGACUGAACCAAAUACGUGGAUGCUCGAAGAAGUAGACAGACCUACUGGAGAACAUACCAAACCCAUGCUAGAAAAGCUUGGAGGAGACUUCUUUGUUAGAGAUGAUAAAGGUAGAGGGCUGCUACACGCUGCUGCGAGGGGAGAUGUGGCACGGUUCCAGGAACUUAUGGAUCUGGGACUUGAUCCCAUGAUGGAGGAUAAUGCUCAACAAACAGCAAUUGAUGCAGCUGCCGCGUUUGGUAACCGGGAUAUUUUGGAGCUGUUUGAGAAAAAAUAG